AAGCAAACGAGCCCUACAGAUACAUUUCCAAGUAGUUCUGUCUUCGGAGUCUUUCAGUAAAGACUUUCCCCUUUCUCUCUCUCUCUCUUCCUCGUUGUGGACAAAAAUAAUCAAGAUAUCAAUUUCGGAGGCAUGGAGAUCAGGAGGAAAGCGGUUAUAUCCUUUGUCACAUUUAUCUUUGGGGUGCAAAUUUGUUUUGGAUUUACUGCCAAUCGCCUAAAGAGAUCGGAGUCUGAAUGGGACGAAGGUGUCGCCUCCGUUCUUAAUGACCCGCCCUGGGACAGCACUUCCGGUUCGUGUAAGGACCGAUGUUUUGAGCUACAAGAGGCUGAUCCUCCAGCCUGCCGCUGCGACAACCUCUGUAAGAGUUACAACAGCUGCUGCCAAGACUUUGACCAGCUCUGCCUAAAAACAGCACGUGGCUGGAGCUGUAAGGAUAGAUGUGGAGAGGCCCGAAAUGACGACAGUGCAUGUUAUUGCUCUGAAGAUUGCCUGGCCAAAGGAGACUGCUGUACGGACUAUCAGAUAAUGUGUAAAGGUGGAACUCGUUGGGUGGAUGAUGAUUGUGAAGAAAUUAAAAAUCCAGAAUGUCCGGCAGGGUUUGUCCGUCCUCCUUUGAUCAUCUUCUCAGUUGACGGAUUUCGUGCUUCAUAUAUGAAGGAAGGAAACAAAGUUUUGCCCAAUUUGUACAAAUUAAGAACAUGCGGUUCACAUUCACCUUAUAUGAGACCCGUAUACCCCACAAAAACGUUCCCAAACUUAUAUACACUGGCUACGGGCCUCUAUCCUGAAUCUCACGGGAUAGUUGGUAAUUCUAUGUAUGAUCCAGUGUUCGAUGCCAACUUCAGCCUUCGUUCUCGAGAAAAAUUUAAUCACAGAUGGUGGGGUGGGCAACCAAUUUGGGUUACUGCGGAUAAACAAGGGGUUAAGGCAGCCACGUUCUUCUGGCCCGUAGUUAUUACUCAACAUCGCAGAGUGAUGACAGUGCUACAGUGGCUGCAUUUACCUGACAAUGAAAGGCCAUAUGUGUAUGCAAUCUAUUUGGAGCAGCCGGAUCAAGCAGGACACAGAUAUGGACCAUACAGCAGUGAGCUGGUAAACCAACUGAAGGACAUUGACAGUGUUGUCGGCAUGUUAAUGGACGGCUUGAAACAAAUGAAGCUUCAUCGAUGCGUCAACAUCAUCUUUGUCGGAGAUCAUGGCAUGGAGGAAGCAAACUGUGAGAAGACUGAAUUUCUCACUUCUUAUCUCAGCAACGUGGAUGACUUUGUCUUCUUGCCCGGCUCUUUGGGACGCAUGCGCACCAAGAACAAUGUACCUAAACAUGAUCCAAAAGUCAUAGUUGCAAAUCUAACGUGUAAAAGCAAAGAUCAGCACUUUAAGCCCUACCUGAAACAACAUCUGCCAAAGAGGCUGCACUAUGCCAAUAACAGAAGGAUAGAGGACAUUCAUCUACUGGUGGACCGGACAUGGCAUGUUGCAAAGAAACAAAUGGAUGUAUACAAAAAGGCCGGCAAAUGCAGCUUCCAAGGAGACCACGGCUAUGACAACAAGAUCAGCAGCAUGCAGACGGUCUUUGUGGGACACGGUCCUUCAUUUAAAUACAAAAACAAAGUGCCUCCAUUUGAAAACAUUGAACUGUACAAUGUCAUGUGUGAUCUCCUGGGACUAAAACCUGCCCCAAACAAUGGGACUCAUGGAAGCUUAAAUCACCUCUUACGAGCACCAUCUCACAAACCACCACUGCCAGAAGAAGUCUCCAAACCAAUCCCAAUAGUACUUUCCCCAUCCACUGUAAAUGAAGAGCUGGGCUGCUCUUGUGAUGAUAAGAAUAAGGCCGAGGAGUUGAAUAAACGGCUAUAUGUUAAAGGAACUGAUGCCAAUUUUACCUUGCUGGAAGAUAUGGAUUAUGGGUAUAUUAUAGAUGUUGCUGUAGAUGAACUUAGCAAUGAAAUUAAGGAGGUGCCACCAAGGAAUACAGGGGCUGCACUUGAGAGGUUAUUUAGCAGCUCAGAAGAAGCAGCCUUAAGUACUUCUUCCUUGGAAAACCAGCAAGAGGUGCCCACAGAAGUGUCAUUGACGAGCAGAGCUGACAAAAACCUCUUGUACGGGCGGCCGGCAGUGCUGUUUAAAACCAAGUACAGCGUCCUCUACCACAGCGACUUUGUAAGUGGCUACAGUGAGUCAUUGCAGAUGCCACUCUGGACGUCGUACACCUUGUCAAAACAGGCUGAAGUAUCUGGCAUCCCGGAAUAUUUAUCAAACUGUGUAAGACUCGACCCACGCAUUUCUCCAGGCAACAGUCAGAGCUGUUCAGCUUACAAGGCAGAUAAACAGAUGUCCUAUGGAUUCCUCUUCCCACCUCAAUUAAGUUCUUCUGCCGAUGCCAAAUAUGAUGCUUUUCUUAUUACAAAUGUCAUUCCCAUAUACCCUGCAUUCAAAAGGAUCUGGAACUAUCUGCAGAGAGUCUUGGUAAAACGAUACGCAUCAGAAAGGAAUGGGAUCAAUGUCCUAACUGGACCCAUCUUUGACUAUGACUACGAUGGCUUACACGACACUCCCGAAAAAAUUAAAACGUUUGUAGAUGGAACGAUACCAGUCCCCACACACUACUUCUGUAUUAUAACCAGCUGUCUAGAUUUUAACCAGCCGGCUGACAACUGUGACGGCAGGUUAUCAGUCAUGUCUUUUAUCAUUCCACACAGGCCCGACAAUGACGAAAGUUGCAAUCAGAAUUCCGAGGAUGAUUCCAAGUGGGUGGAGGAGCUUUUAAAGAUGCACACCGCACGCGUCCGAGACAUUGAGCAGCUCACUGGACUGGAUUUUUAUCGAAAGACCAGCCGCAGCUCCACAGAGAUCCUGUCCCUGAAAACGCACAUGCAUACGUUCGAGAGCGAGAUCUAAUGCGCACAGCUCGCAGGUGUCGGCUCCUCUUUCAAGUGGUGUAUAUUUUUAUAUUGGUUUUAUUUUAUUUUUUUUGUAUUUAUUAAUUUUUAAACCAGGACACUUAACUAUAUUAGUAUUUUAAUCCUUCGUGUCAUGCACAUGUCGUUGUCAAGUAAUGUUGUUUUGUAGAUGUCUGUGUUAGGAAGUCUCUUUAUGGCUGCAGCUAGGCUCAUAGACUAAGCUUUUUAAUAGUGCUGCAGAAUUUCUUCUUGCACCGGGAAUUUUUACUUUUCUAGUGCAGUGCUGAUAUAUAUUUGUAGACAUUUUUUGUUCCUGAGUAAUGCAAAACCGAAUAUGUAAAGUGACUUAUAUUAACUGGAAAUUGUGACCAAACAUAUUUAUGUUGUAUGGAUUAAUGGAACCUCAUAUAAUAAACCACACAAAUUCAUUUUUAAACCUCGCUGGUUCCCUUUGUAUAUUUUGGGGUGCCAGGGUAUAAGGGCAGUUGCCCACAGGCCUCCACCCCCAGUUUUUUUUUUGAAGGUCUCUCCAGACACUGAAAAAGAGAUGGAUAAAAGGGGUACUCUGCCCCAGACAUGUUAUCCCCUAUCCAAAGGAUAGGGGAUUAGAUGU